AUGACUACUGCCGAUAAUCAGCUAACCGAACACUGCUUGAAAGAUGUGUUCUCCAUCAACAGAAGGUACAAGGACGGGGAACCUCUGGUUGUUCAGGUUACUGCCAGAAGAGAGAUUGACAAUCCUCAGGGACUGCGUUUGAGACUGAUGUUGACGGAUGGUACGUUCCAGGCAAAUGCGAUUAUCAGACCUGAGCAUGUUCAAGCAGCACAAGCAUUGAACAUUCAGAAAUUCAGCAUUAUCAAGCUGAUCAACUAUGAUGUUCAAUCGAUGAACAGCAACAACAAGAAACUCAUAAUCAUUGGAAAUGUUGAGCUUGUGGCUCACGAUGCCCCACACGGUGGUACUCUUCGUUAUGUGACCGUCGACGAGUAUUUCCGUGAGCAUCCUGAGGAGGAUCGUUUUGGUUCAAGCGAAGCUCCAGUUCGCGAGGAGAAAAAACCUGCCGCUGCACGCAAUGCCAACUCUCACCAUGACAAUCUCUAUGCGAUUGAUCAGCUCUCACCUUACCAGAACACCUGGACCAUUAAGGCACGUGUUUCAUUCAAAUCUGAUGUUAAGACCUGGACAAACCAGAGAGGUGAGGGCAAACUUUUCAAUGUUCACUUCAUGGAUGAAUCGAAUGAGAUCAGAGCUACUGCCUUCAACGAAGUUGCUGACAAGUACUAUGACUUCUUGAAAGAGGGUCAUGUGUAUUACGUCUCUAAAGCCAGAAUCCAACCAGCCAAGAAACAGUUCUCUACUUUGAGCCACAACUACGAACUCGCUUUGGAUAGGGAUUCUUUGAUUGAGGAAUGUGACGAUGCUUCUGACGUUCCUAAUCUCCAGUACUCGUUCGUUUCUUUGGAGAGAGUCCCAGACCUCACGACCAACUCCAUCAUCGAUGUUGUCGGUGUAUUGAACAAGGUUGACGACCUUUUUAGCAUCACUGCUAAGUCUUCCGGAAGACCUUUUGACAGACGUGACAUCACCAUCGUUGACUCGUCGCACUUCGCUGCUACGGUUGGUUUGUGGAACAAGAUCGCUGUCAACUUCGACAUUCCUGUUGGAACCGUAGUUGCUAUCAAAGGUGCUAAGGUACAGGAUUUUGGUGGAAGAACAUUAUCUUUGACUCCAUCCGCUACUAUCAUUGCAAACCCAGAGACUCCAGAGGCCUACAAGCUGAAGGGCUGGUACGACACUCAAGGAAAGAACGAAAAGUUCAUUCCUGUAAAGGGUGAGAACGCGGCCUCUGCGGCUUAUGAUCUGACAAGUAAGGCGUCCAUCUUCGAGAGAACCACCAUAGGGGCCAUACAUCAGACUGCUCUGGGCUCUUCUGAUACCUUCUUCUCCUUCAAGGGUACAAUCAGCUACAUCAGAUCCGAAAACAUCGCCUACCCUGCCUGUCCCAACGAGGGAUGCUCAAAGAAGGUUCUUGAGGAAGGAGAUAAGUGGAGAUGCGAGAAGUGCAACGAGCUCCACGACGCACCACGCUGGCGUUACAUACUGAGUGUAUCGAUCUUGGACGAAACCGACCAGCUUUGGGUGACUUGCUUCGAGGAAGUCGCAAAGACCAUUCUGGGAAUCAGUGCCAAUGACCUAAUCAAGAUUAGGGAUGCCCCAUCUACCGAUGAAGGCGGAAUGGAAGAUGGUGAGGCGGCAUUCAAAGGGUAUCUGACCAGAGCCACCUACAAAGAGUUUGCCUUCAGAUUGAAGGGAAAACUCGACAACUUCAAUAAUGUGACCAGGCCAAGGUACCAGGUCAUGAGUCUGGCCGAGAUCUCAUAUAAGAACGAGGCCGAGGCCAUAUGUGAUGAGCUCGCCUCCAUGUCCUUCCAGUGA